CGCAGGACGAAUUGGGCCGGGUAACAAACCCUUAUAUAUAACACUUGUCCCUGUUUUUGUUCAAGCUCUAUAGGGUCGGUUGACGAUAUUCACAGAUUGUGUUUUCAGAGUCCUUUCUGCGUUAUAUUCUUGCUUUGCUCAAGGACGUCACAAAAAUAAAGUUUGUACGAAGUUUGAUUAAAAAAAAAAAGGUCGUAUGAGGCCUGCCAUGGACCACCCACGGAAUAAAGGACGUAAGAAAGCGCCUAUCGGCAGCGUGAAGAGGCCCGUCACGGGUAAAGUCGUGUUGAGGCCUGCCUGGGACAACUUAUGGGAUGAGGAGCAUGAGAACAAAUUGAUUGAGGUGGCCAUUAAGCAGACACUGGAAGAACGUGAGGCAACGCGGCCCUUCACGGGUGAAGGCGUGAAGAGGCCUGCCAGGGACAACUUAUGGGAUGAGGAGUAUAAAUGGAUGAAGGAGGCCAUUAAGCUGGCACUGGAAGAACGUGAGGCAAUUAGAAAGCGUCUGAAAAAAUGUAUGGAUGAGGAGGCUGAAAUGCAUAGAACUGGUAUAAUAACUGGGGGUCGCUUCCCAGGUGAUAUCGUGACGAGGCCUCCCAUGGACCACCCACGGCAUAAGGGGGGACGUAAGAAACCGUCUAUUUGCCACUCGAAGAGGCUCAUCGUCAUUUUGUGGCUUACCUGGAACAACUGGGAUGAGGAGCAUGAGAUAAAAUGGAUUAAGGAGGCCAUUAAGCAGGCACAGGAAGAACGUGAAAAAAAGAGAGAGAAACGGAGAAAGUAUGAGGAGAAGAGGGCUGAAAGAAAGAUACAUGGUGAAGAGAAAGAAAUCGAGUUGAUGGAGGAGGGCUUUAAGCAGACACUAGACCUUGAAGCUCUUUCAUUAGCUAAGCUGAUUAAAUUGAGUAAAAGAGUUAGCAAAUCCAAAUUGUGCGGUGGAGAGAGAGAGACAGAGAAAGUAUGAGGACAGGGCUGAAAGAAAGAAAGAAAGAAAAAAAUGAGUUUGAGAUUGAGAUUGGAAGAAAAUGUAAUUAAGAAAGUGAGUUUGAGAUUGAGAUUUGUGGUGUAGAAAGACAACCAAUUUCUGCGUGCAUGUUAUUGUUAAGUUUUAGUAUUAUUAUAAACUAUAUUGUUAACUAGAACACAUUUUUUCAGCUGAAGCAUAACUUUAAUGUGUUCUAAUUUUCACGCACUUUGCAAUAUAAAAAGAUAGAGUCUAGUCGAGUCAAACUAUGAAAUGAGACAAAAAAUUGUACUGUCUUUGUGGUGUAGAAAUACAACCAAUUUCUGCAUGUUUGUUAUUGUUAAGUUUCAGUAUUAUAAACUAUAUUUUGAUUUGCAUCCCAA